AUGUGCUUCAGAGGAGGAACAUCUAUUGAAGAAGCCACUUUGCAGGAGGAACAACUGGCAGGACCCAAUAAGAAGCAGAAGAAAGCAAAGGAUAAAGCAGAAGUGAUAGAAUUGAGAUCAGAAGACAGAAGAAGACAAGACGUUUCCCCGGGACACUCUCAUGGCUGCUUGCAACUGCCUGGUGGGGGAAUCAUUGGUCGUCAAUGUUUCAGAUUUUUGGGUGGCCAGGAGUGUUCGUGUGGGAGGUGUUCAGCAAGAGCAAAAUUCCAUUUGAACAUUUUUUUCAACUCCGAGGCUGUGGAUAAAAUCUCAGCUGGACUGAGGCUCUUCCUCCCAUCGAGGAUCCCCGAACUGGAACUUCAUGGGACAACUUCCUGCAGAGCUUCCAGCUGGUCCCACGCCGCAGAGGGAGGAUCUGAUGGCUGUAACCCCAAGGCUAUUGAAGCUGAGUGGACACAGCCUGACCGUAGGAUCGCACUUACACAGAAAUUUUUUCAGACAUAUCCAGUACCUGAAGAGCACCAAAAGAAGUGGGACAUACCCUCUGAGGUUGACUCGGCAAUUGCUAGACUUUCACGCCAAACAGCUUUACCAGCCAAGGAAGCUGCAUUCAAAGACCCACUUGACAGACGCAUGGAAUCAGUUCUUAAAAGAUCUUACACACAGACAGCCGCAAUACUCAGACCAGCGGCGGCUUCAGCCGGAUUAGCCUGUACUGCCAGGCAUUGGGCACAAGAAGUAGUAGUGACCACUAAUGCCAGUCUAAGGGGCUGGGGAGCAGUAUUCAAACAGCACACACUACAGGGGACUUGGUCCACAGAGGAGAGUCUCCUACCUUUACUAGAAUUACGAGCAAUUGCAUUAACACUAGAGGGCUGGUCAACACCCCUACUCUUCCGAGCAGUCAGAGUGCAAUCCGGCAACGCAAUGGCAGUAGCAAAUGUAAACAAACAGGGAGACACACGAAGCGGAUCAGCCAUGCAGGGGGUAACACGAAUACUGACCUGGGCAGAGGAGACGGUCACAGACAUCUAAGCAAUAUUCAUUCCAGGGGUACAAAACUGGGAAGCAGAUUAUUUGAGCAGAACCUCAAUUGACCAAGGAGAAUGAUCACUCAAUGCCACCGUCUUCCAACAACUCAUACGCAGGUGGGGAACACCGGAGAUAGACAUGCUAGCCUCCAGACACAACGCAAAACUCCCACUCUACUGUACCAGAACAGGCCAAACAGGGUGUGGUACACAGAUCUCAUCAGAUUAUCAAUCGCCAAACCCUGGUGCUUACCACUCAUACCAGAUCUACUAACACAAGGCCCAAUCAAACAAAGGUAGCUAUGCUUCGAUUGACUGCGUGGCUAUUGAGACCGAGUAUUGGAGAAAGCAGGGGUUCUCACAAAGUGAGAAUUUCUGAUUAUUAUUAUUAUUAUUAACAUGUAUUUAUAUAACGCCAACAUAUUGCGUAGCACUGUAAAGUAAAUGU